AUGCCUCGAGGCAAGCCCAGGUCAAAGCUCUCUGAGCAAGACUUCCCGUACGACACCGUUAAGAAGAUCGUCGGCUACUCGCUCGACCUCGAUACCAAUCUCGUAACCCUCACCGUACUCUCCAAGAACAACCGCGUCGAAGUCUCCGAAUGGGAUAUCCAAGAACACCUUCCCGAUCUCCUCUACAAUUACUGGGCCAGCUUCAAGGGCAAAACGCGUCAGGACGUACUCGGCAUCGGAGAGCUCUACCACCCCUACAGAUGUCUCAAGCACCGUCGCGUGCGUGGGCAGUGGCAGGUCCUGGUGCAAUGGCUGGGCUACUCGGCCGAGGGUGACGAUGUCUCGUGGGAGCCCGUGGACAAAACUCGCCUCGACGCGCCCGACGUCCUGAUCGACUACUGCAACUACGUCGACGACGAGAACACCAAGGCGGCUCUGCUCGGCUUCUUGCGAACAGACGAAGUGGCGGAGGAAGCCAAACCUGUUGUUGAAACCGCAAACACGCCCGCCAAGCAGAGUGCGAAGCGCAAGCGCGAGAGUCUUGCCGACCAGUCCGAGAUUGCCAGUGACAAGCGCCGACGCUCCUCCAGAUACGAAUCCACGCCCGUUGCUACCAGGACACCCGCCCCCAAAACUUCGACCUCGAAGCGGAGACAAUCACAACCCCCUGCUGCCGCAGCCUCUCAAACGACGCCGAAGUCCGCCCGGCGACAGUCCAAGAUACCUUCCAGCAGUGAUGCGACUCUCAUCGCUUCUCCCGUCCGCGCACAAGUGCCCGCUCGUCGCAAGAGCACGCGCGCCUCUUCAGUGGCACCCAACGCCGCCCAGAGUGAACGUCUUAGUCCAGCUGAUAUCCCGCGUACGAUGCUGUGGUUCAUGGAUGACUUCACAGUCGGCGACAUGCAGAAGGUCUGCCGCUUCAUUGACGAGCAUUGCACCGGCAAGCUGCGCCUUCCCUUGUACAGCGGCGGCGACUGGGACGGCAAGGCUGCCAGCGGACGUUGGGAAGAUGUCUUCAUGGUCAGUCCCUUGGGCCGUCUUGGUCGGUAUGACAACGAGGAGGAUAAGGAAGAGUAG